AUGUGGAUUCCCCCCUUCCUGCACAGAACUGGAGCAGAGGAACAUCUCGCUCUGCACCCCGGGUCAACAGCCCUGCCUGGGACAACACAGCCCAUCCUCAACCCACCUCCCACCACUGACACCAGCAUCAGCACCAGCACUGACAUCAGCACCAGAACCACACCAGAGCCAGCACCAGCACCAGAACCAGCACCGGCACUGACACCAGCACCGGCACUGACACCAGCACCACACCAGUACUGA